GCCUUGAUGCGCAGAAUGAACGUUUUAUAGCCAUCUUAAUUUUCAGUUAUCGUUUAGAUUCACAAGUGGUAACUAGUGAGUUGGGAGUGAGAUUCAGUUAUUAUUUAGGUUGUUAUCUGAUCAAAUUCUUAUUUUUAAACACAGAUUUGAAAUGUGGGACUCUUUUACUAUUGAUGAUUGUCAAACAUGUCCGUAUAAUAGCACUACAAAUAUAUAUGACCAAAUGGAAGUUCCACACUUGGACAAGGAAAAUAUUCAGCCGUUCAAUCACAUAAAAAAUGACGAGCUGUCUCUAUACGAUAAUGGAGGCAGUAUCACAAAAUACCGCGAAGCACCUUUGUCUCAUACUCACCGACCCCUAGAAGAACACGACUCAAAUUCGCAAGAUUCUGGCUACAGUGCAAGCUACCAUGGAGAAAAAUUUUUGUCUUAUGCCUCUCCAGUACGAACUGCAAGCACAUCCUUUGGCUCUAUGGUCUCUAUGGAAGAUGAAUAUUUUGAUUUCUCUGAUGUUGAACCUUUGGAGAAACCAAACUUACCUCACGAUUUCAAUAAGCUCAUAACAAAUCCUUUGAUUAACAGAACUAAACCUGAAGUAGUCUCAUCUCCAAAAGACACUAUCAUAAGACCACUUUUCAGAAGGGCUUUAUCACUUCAGCCUAUCAGUGAGAACACACCUAAUAGUAGAAGGGUCCGAACAAGUUUAUUUAGAGGUGAACAUGAAAUCAGAUCAUUUAAAAGACCUGAACCUCCGAAUGAUCUAGACAGUACAAUUGUGAAAAGGUCAAAGAUAUUUAACGAUAAUGAUGAUAGUGAUUGUGAAGCUUCAGUUCCUGUAGCCAGGACCAGACCUAUACUACAACGCGCAUUCUCUGCUACAGAAGACAGUAUUAUGUGCGCAGUGCAAAGAUCUGCAAUUGAACCUGACCUUAUUGGAGAUUUUACAAAGAACUUCAGUCUUCCGUUAACAAUCAGUCGACACCAAGAUUUAAAAGCCAUCACGGCAGAUACACUGGCUUCACUGAUGAGGGGAGAGUUUAGUGAUGCUGUGGAUUCUUACAAAGUCAUUGACUGCAGGUAUCCUUACGAGUUUGAUGGGGGCCACAUUAACGAUGCACUUAACUUCUACACCAAAGAGCAAUGCAUGCAACUACUAAACUCAACACCUGAUGUUGCUGAAGGUUCCCACGCAAGACAUAUAUUGGUUUUCCAUUGCGAGUUCUCCAGCGAACGUGGCCCUAAUCUAUACCGAUUUUUGCGGAAAGAAGAUAGAAACAAAAACGAAAGUGUAUAUCCUUCUCUUAACUUUCCAGAAAUCUACCUCCUGGAAGGUGGAUAUAAGAAGUUCUUUGAGACUCAUCCAGAGUUGUGCACUCCAGUUGCAUACAAAGAAAUGCUGCAUCCUGAUCACGAAGAUGAAUAUAGGCACUUUCGAUCCAAAUCAAAAACGUGGAACUGUGAUUCACGCCAACGUCUAUUGAAGAAAAGGUUAGGUGUGUAAAAUUUGUUUAGGAUGCCAUAUAACUUUAUAGUACAAAUAAUUAGCUUAUCUAUUUGGUUCAUUUCAUAGUACCUGUUGUCAAAAACACGAGAUAUAUUAUUUUAAUCAUUCAGACAGUUCAUGUCUGAUGAACCAAAAUCUCCACACCACUUAGUGGUCUAGGUGAAGUGCCUUUUACUAUUAUUUGUUGCCUGAUACCAGAAGAAAAAUGUGCAUAUAAUCCUUAUAAAAAAUUACAACACUGCCGAAAAAAACAUUAAGAUUUUGGUAAAUGGUAUCUCUGAUUCCAUCUUCAUUUCAAAUUAACAUGUAGGUAUUAAAGAAACUUUCUUUUACAAUACUAACCUUUCAAAUUUUAUCUAUUAGGACGAAAAUGUAUAUGGUUAUAAUUUUAUUAAUUGCCACAAUAUUCAUGGCGCAGUCUUAAAAUUUUAUAGAAAAUGUAUAUGGUUAUAAUUUUAUUAAUUGCCACAAUAUUCAUGGCGCAGUCUUUUUAAAAUUUUAUAAAUUAUUGUUGAACUUUUAUUAUACUUUAUUUGUUUACAACUGGAAGCCCAUUACAAAUGCAAAUCUUCACUAAUCUGCAACCAGCAGCUAAGGUGGUCAAACUGAAAUAAUUCAAAAUAAUAUCCUAUCCUGUUGAAAUGUAGUUUUAGAUAUAUAUGUAUUAUUUUUCAUAGGGCCCACCCUGUUUACAAAGAAAUAACAAUACAAACCCAUGGAUUAUAUACCUUAGCGUGUGCUCACUACGGAGACCAAAGGAUUGUAUCCUCGCUCCCUAGUAUUUAUAUUCGUGAAUUCUCGCAUUUAAAAUAAUGUAUUUAUUUUACAUAGCGAUCGAAACUAUAUUAUCGAUCGCUAUGUAAAAUAAAUACAUUAUUUUAAAUGCGAGAAUUCACGAAUAUAAAUACCAGGGAGCGAGGAUACAAUCCUUUGGUCUCCGUAGUGAGCACACCCUAACAGGUUUGAAAACCAUGGGUCAGUGUUGGAGAAUCAAAAGGGGACAGAUUUCUAUUAUGUUAAAUAAAAUUAUGUUAAAGCAGAUACAUCGUAUUGAUAUCUAACAUUCAUUAUGCAAUGUGAAUAAAUUAAAAACUUCUGAUUUACUUAUAAAUUAUGGAUUUCCAUCUCUUCUGUGUUAUAUUCGUUGUCCGGUGGGAUUGAAAUGAUUAUAGAUUGACAAACAAGUCCGUACAAUCUGUAUUCUUCUUUUUUACGUGUUUUACGGCAUUGGUCGUUAUUUUUCGUUUCGUUUUUUAUGGAAUUUAAUAAAAGCUGUUUGACACCCUUCAAUUUAAAAGUUGUAUUUUAUCUGGCCACUUCACCUUUUACUUGAGCUCAUAUUAACUCUAUUGGAAUUAAUUGAUAAUGAUAAGGUGGCAAACGUAAUACCGUUAUUCCUUUUGCUUUUACCAUUUCGUUAAUGACAUAAUUUUUUAUAGUAAGUACUAUGUAUCUUUGCAUUUCGUAAUAGUUCCGUUUUAAGCAUAGUCUGAUCAUACGGUAUUGUUUUUCGUUGGAGCAUCAAUUAUGUCUACCUAUUUCCAUGAGACCGUCGGUAAUUUUUUCACUAAUUUGGCGUUGUAAUAUUUAAAAAAAAAACCUUAUUGGUUUCAACUACAUCCGUACGGCAAUGGUUUAUGGCCUUGACAAUAACCCUUAGCGCCGGACUCCACUUGCGAUUUUCUAGUCGCGCGAUUUUUUUUGUCGCGAAGAUUGAAUACAUUGUUUCAAAUACAAGUCAAUCCACGAUUAUUUAGUCGCAAAUGGAUUGACUUGUAUUUGAAACAAUGUCUUCAAUCUUCGCGACAAAACAUUCGCGCGACUACAAAUCGCAAGUGGAGUCAGGCGCUUAACCUUUAUUUGAAGAUUUGAAUUUGUAAUGAGCUCUCAGUUGCAAACAAAUAGACUUUAGAUACUUAUUCUUUACUUAAGCUUUUUAUGAUAUUGAAUCAUGCCUUUUUGUGUUCACUCAAUCUCCACUAAGUAAAGCUCUUUUUACAAACAUAUACAGGGUCUUUCAUUAAUAAUUGUCCAUAUAGUAACUGGAAAAACCUUAGCACAAAAUACGAAGAAUUAACCUAAAACACUUAAAUAAAAUGUGGUUCCUUACUGAGUUACAAGGUGUUUUAUCUAAAAAUUUAAAAACCAUUUUUGCUCAGCAUUUUAAAACUACUCGACAUAUCCUUUUCAUACUAGGCAGGAAGUAUAGGUACUGUACAAACUACUAAAUUAUGUUAAACAAACGUUUCUGGUUAUUACCAGAGGCGUACGACGGGGGAAAGUGUAUGGUUGACCCUUUCCAAAUUCUGCGCCACUGGCGAAAUUGCUAUUUUAGUUCAAUUUUUGGAUUCUCCAAUACUUUCUAUGAAAAUAAUAUACUCUUCAUUCGUAACGAUAAAGUCAUUAGUUUUCGAGAUCUUUGAAGUUAAAAAUGAAACGACACGGUUAUUUUGAUUAAUGUAUUGUGUCGCUUCAUUUUUAAUUUCAAAUAUCUCGAAAACUAAUCAUUUUAUGGUUACGAAUGAACAGUAUAUUAUUUACAUAAAAAGUAUUGCAAAAUCAAAAAAUUCACUAAAAUAGCAAUUUCGUCAGUGGCGUAGAAUUUGGGAAGGGUUAACCAGCCACUAUCCCCUGUUGUACGCCUCUGGCAGUAGCUAUAGACGUUUAUUUUUCUUAAUUUAGUAGGGUAUACAGUAUCUACACUUUCUGCCAAGUAUGAUAAGGAUACGCCAAAUAGUUUUAAAAGUACUGGGUACAAAUAAUUUUUAAAUUUUAGUCAUAUGAAUCAUAUAAAUUAAUCAAAAUAACUGUGCCGUUUCAUAUUUAACUUCAAAUAUCUCGAAAACUAAUGACUUUAUCGCUACCAAUGAAGAGUAUGUUAUUUACGUGGAAAGUGUUGGAGAAUCUAAAAAUGGCACUAAAAUAGUUUUUCCUCCAGUGGCGUAGAAUUUGAGAAGGGCCAACCAUUCACCUUUCCCUGUGUACGCCUCUGGUAGUAGCUAGAAACGUUUGUUUAUCAUUAUUUAGUAGGCUGUCUAGUACUCGAACUUUCUGUCUAGUAUGAAAAGGAUAGGUCGAAUAUAUUUAAAAUGCUGAGCAAAAAUAGUUUUUAAAUUUUUAGAUAAAACACCCUGUAACUCAGUAAGGAACCACAUUUUAUUUAAGUGUUUUAGGUUCAAUCUUCGUAUUUUGUGCUAAGGUUUCUCCAGUUACUAUACGGACAAUUAUUAAUGAAACACCCUGUAUAAUGUUGCUGAUAAUUUCUUUUAUUUAUUUUGACACUUUUUGCUCUUAUUUAUUAAAGUAAAACACUUCACACUUCACUUUAUUGUUUCAAGAGAUGGUCUUAUUGGCAUCUUGUAAUUCACUGUAGAUUGAUAAGCCUCAUUUCAGGUUUUGUCAUAGUUUGUGCAUUUCCCAUAAUUCUGCUAGGAAAUCGCCUCCAGAUCCUGCUAUGCGGGUAGAGGUUAAAGUUUUGUGGUUAAAUUCUAGUUAAAUAGGUGAAUAUAAUGUAUAAGAAUAUUGUCUUCGAAAAUAGAAUUAUUGAUAAAUAAAUUAAAAGCUUAAUUUUUAAUAAGGUACUAUUUCAGAAAUUUUCUCAAUAUUUAGUAGAAUCUCUUGUAUUGGUGUCUGGUAUAUCCUAUGAGUUACAGUUUCAAAUAGGUAUAAUAUUGUGCCUUAAAUUUAUACAUAUCACAAAUAUUUAAUGGAAGGAGUUCUUUUACUCCAAACAGUUCAAAUUUUUGACUAAAAAGGGUUAGUCUGCAGAAUAAUAUAGAUAAAAUGUGGUAUAAAGCUAUCCUAAUUUGGGUACAAGCUAGAGACAGUGAAUCACCAGUGGCCGGUAAGUGAAUAUAUUAUAGUUUCUUGAUCGUAUUUUUCCAGUUUUAUGUAAAGUACUACUAUGUUAAAUACCUGCUACCUUCCACAGUCAAGAGACAAUUGGUACUAACUUGUUCAAAGUGAGUUUGUCUGAAUAGAAGGCCUUUCGUUCCUGAUGGAAUAUUUGCCGGUCUUACUUAGAGCUUUUUGAUUCGCCUAUUUCCAUGAAUCACUCCGCAUUCUUCUAGUUUAUAUUCAAAGUUUAUUGUAUGACUUUCACUCAUUUCGAUCUGUGCAUGGGUCUUUCCAGUUUGUCUCUUUCAGGAUUUUGAUAUCUCUCAUGACCUCGUCCUCCCAUGUUUCUCUAGGUCUUCCCCUUUAUCUGUCAGUUUCUGGUUUCCAUCUGGUGACCUUAAUCAGUAGGUCGUUUUUCCUUCUCUGUAUAUAUCCCAGCCAUCUCAGUCUCUGCCCGUUAAUAAAUCUAAUUAUAUUUUCUCGUCUUCUCCCUUCAUAAGUCUAUUAUUUCCUGGUUCAUUCUUCUCAUUUCUCUGUUUUCUAUUCUUUGGCCCAUAAUUCUAAGGAUAUUCCUUUCGAAUAUUCUUAACCUUACUUUAUACUCUUAUACUUGGUGAAAAAAAAAAAAAAGAAAACACUGAGAACUACAUCGUUGGUCUAAGUUACAAUAAAUGGUCUAAUAAAUGAUACAAUUAACUUUUACAAUAAACAGUGAAAUCCAGUGUUCCAGACCGAUCGUACAUUUCAACCACCCAUAUUCUUGGUAAUCUUGAUGGCAUAGAUUUCUGGUUUUAUGGUCAACACAUGUCACAUAUUUUAUCUUUUUUGGCCGAUCACAAUAGCGCAAUAUUUUGAUCGUCCACUUUUAGCAAGUGAAGUAUUUUAAUAGACGUACAACCUCUGUGGGUGAGAGAGAGAGAGAGUUCAUACAUUUUUAGGGGUAAUUCUUCUCAUAAUUUAUUGAUUGAUUUCCAUAAACUUUGUAUUAGAUAGUAUUUUACACUAUUUUAUUUGACUGCAUAUUUAUAUACUUACUUAUAUGUACUAGCUUACAACCUUGACAAUAAUAUACGUUAUGCACUUCUAUUAGUUGAUCAUACGGUUUCUGUUAGCAUUUAAUAGCAAAGUUAAAAGUAAUAUAAGAGUGGUAUACCUCGGAGUGAGGGCCAAGUCAAAUACUGAUCCGUGUUUCUCUUGUUGACCAGCUGCACUACAGUACUUAAUCACAGUAUGAAAUAGUUCAAGUGUCUUCUAGGCUAAAAGAUUCGCAAGCCUCGGAAUGCAGAGGGACUGUCAUUGGUCAUGAAGUUUGUAAAACGUAACAGAUGCUGAAACAAUCGAGUAAGUUGUUUCAAGUUGACCUAUUGCACUUAUCGUUGAAGCCAAGUGUUUCACUCCCUUUUCGACAAUUACUUUUCUAGAAACUUGCACAGUGGUGGUGGCAGUAACACAGUCACUUAUAUUAUAAUUGGUAUUGGCACCAAUUAGCUGCAUAUUAGACAUUAAUCACAAUUAAUAAUAAUUGGUCACGUUAAGAAUGAUUCUACGGAAUAAGAAAAAAGUUCACAAAAACCUACACUUAACGACGAAAAAAUCAAAAACACUAUCAAAACUAAAAGCUUAACUAUUAACUAUUAUGUUUGUUCUGCAGAACUAAUUUUACCUAUUCAGCAAGUACACAGGUGGGCAUUUUACAUACUCACCCACUGUGUACCACUGUUCCCUACUGUAUUUUAUAUUUUAAAAACUUAAAAGGAUAUAUUUUCACCAGUACAAUUAAACUGAUAGUACCAGAAGUGUAAUAAAUGCACCAUAUUGGUGUCUGGAUAUCAAAGACGUAAUGUUUUACUGUGUAAAUAUUGUAUAUAUAGAGAACAUUUGUGAAAAUGAAAAUCAGAACAUAUUGAUUUAGAUUAUUUAAUACCAAAAAGAAUACAUAUGAGUAAAACCACACUGAAAUUAUUGUUCGCUUUUACUUCUGUGCUGAAUACUUUCUAUAUUAUUAUUUUUUAUGAUAAAAUUGUUUGAAAAUGAGUGCAUUUUCAAGAGGUAAAAUGAAACAAGAAAAAGAUUUACGUCACCAUUGGUAACUUGUUAAGUGAGUAAGUCUUUUUUCAUUUUACCUCUUACUAUUUUUUCUCCAAAUGCAGUUUAUAUCAUAUCCCUAAAGCUAGUAAGGUAUUUUUUUUAACUAACAUUUCUUGUAUAAAUAAGAACACGACUAAUAAUUAACUGUUUAUUAAUUUUGUACUCGAUGAGAUCAGUUUUCUUUGUCCUCCAUACUUCAAUUAUUUCAACUUGAAUGAUACAAAAUUUUCUAUACUGUAAGCCUCAUUCACAACUCGCUGCAUCUUAUUUUUUCUUGCUUUCUCCCCACAGUGAUUACUCAUAUCUUAUAUUCUGCUUCAUUCUUGGCUCUACAAAUCUAAGUGAGUCUUGGCGGGGUUUAGUAUUUUCCUCCACUUUACCGGUCUCGCGCAAUAAUCUCUCAUUGUUGCACCCCCAUCUUACGUAGAUCACUCGUUACUCCAUUCUUCCAUCUUGUUCUUAGGCGACCAACUGGCCUUCUGCCAUCCCAGAAGGUGUCUUUCAUCAUUCGCUCUCAGUAGGAUGUUCUGUUCUACGACUAAUAAUUUUGUUGUUUCACUCUCCCUUCCAUACGUUAUUGGGGCGAUUUUUUUUAAUAAGUUUAUGACACCUUUGUUUUAGCUGUCUGAGUGCCAUUUUGAUUUAAGUAUCGUCGCUAGGGAGUAAAAAUAUGCUCAAUUUCCUGACUCGAUCGAUUCUAUUUGCUACAUCUUUUUCAUAAUUGUUUCAUAUCUUAUAUUAUGUAUAUAUAUAGACGGAGAGCUAGAGCCGAAAAAUCAUCGUCAUAAGUAAUACGGAGUUUUUCCUGUGAAAUGUGUCCAUUGUAUAUUGACAAUUAUGACCCCUUUCAGGCCGACACCUCAGUGGAUACAGGAAGUAGCAAUAAGGGAUGAAAGGGGAAAGUUAGUGCAGUCAUUAAAGGUUUUCACCUCAUAUUUUGUUAAACCUCCAUCGAUUUGCAUGAAAAUUGGUGACUAGUUAGAGCAUACCUCAAGAAAUAAAACUGAUUUGGUGCCAACUUGCACUUUUACCCUGGUGGUGAAUACCACCCCUUCCUGCGGGUGAAAACAAUUUUAUUAAAAAUAACCUCACAAAUCGAUAGAUGGACAAAUUUUAAGUAAAAUUUGUUAUAUUAUAUUAUUAAAAUAAAUCAAUACUUUUUGAGUUAUUAAAGAUCAAAGAUUUGUCUAUUUAAGAGCAUAUGCGUGAAGUUACGGAUGAUAAAAACACCAUAUUAAUUAAUUGUAUGUUAGUAAAAUAUUAUUUUUAUAUUAUUUCGAUAUUUAAUUGAAUUUUUUCUAUCAAUAUAAACUGAAUAUGUCCAGAAAUUUGGGGGUGUCCAAUAAUGGGUACAUUUGACAUAUUCGAAUACACUUUUGCUAAAUUUAUAAUAUCGAAAUAAUAUAAAAAUAAUAUUAUCUAUCUAUCAAUCGGUUUUAAAACGUCUUGCGACGUUGUCCGAUGCCUAAUUUCCAUGACACUCUAUCAUCCCAUUGGCCCUCUCUAAGAUCUCUUGCGCUCAUCGCCUUCGUUACUCCCUCUCUCCAAGAUUUCUUGGGUCUUCCUCUCUUUCUGCGGUUUGGUGGUACCCAUUGCAUAAUUAUUUUAGGGAGUCUUGAGUUAUCCAUCCUCUGGACGUGUCCGUACCAUAUCAGCUGUUUUCUUUCUAUGUCUGUUGUUAGAGAGCCGUCAACCCCCAUUCGCUGUCUUAUCUCAUCAUUACGUAUUCUCUCUCUGCGUGACACUCCUACUGAUCUUCUAAAAGCGUCCAUUUCUACUGCCUCCAGUUUUCUUCUGUUGUUUUCGGUUAUCCGCCAAGUUUCUGCUCCGUACAAUAGACUGCUUUUAAUAAGAGAUUCGUAGAUAUUGUGUUUUCUUCUUUUUCCUAUUUCAUGAUUCCACAGUACGCUGUUUAGACAACCUAUUGUUUUUCUGGAUUGUGUUAUUUUUCUCUUUAUUUCUUCAUCAUCUUUCCCCGUUGUGUCAAAAACGAUUCCUAGAUAUGUGUAAUGGUCGCAGGGCAUGAUGAUUUCAUUAUUUUCUAAUGUGAUGUUCGAUAGUUCGGUACCUAUUGGCAGGUAUUUUGUUUUUUCUGUAUUAAUUUCUAGUCCCCACUUUCUAUAUUCUUCUUGUAAUUUCCUUGCCAUGUACUCUAAAUCAUCUUUAUCGUUUGCUAUAACAACCUGGUCAUCAGCAAACUGCAAUGUAUAUAAGCAAAUCUCUCCAAGGUCUACGCCCAUGCCUCUGCAUUUUCGUUUCCACUCUUUCAAUGCUUUUGCAACAUAUAUUUUAAAUAAGGUCGGUGAUACACAACACCCCUGACGUAGACCUUAUAUUAUUAAAAUAAUAUUAUACAAUUAAUUAAUAUGUUCUUUUUAUCACCCGUAACUUCACGCAUGUGCGCUUAAACAGACAAAUAUUUGAUCUUUAAUAACUCAAAAAGUAUUGAUUUAUUUUAAUAACAUGAUACAACAAAUUUUACUUAUAAUUUGUCCCUCUAUCGAUUUGUGGGGUUAUUUUUAAUAAAAUAGUUUUCACCCCCGAGAAGGGGUGGUACCCACCCCCAAGGUAAAAGUGCAAGUUGGCACCAAAUGAUUCUUAUUUCUUGGGGUAUGCUCUAACUAGUCACCAAUUUUCAUGCAAAUCGAUGGAGGUUUAACAAAAUAGGAGGUGAAUACCUUUAAUGACUACACUAGCUUUCCCCUUUCAUCCCUUAUGGCUACUUCCUGUAUCCAUUGAGGUGUCAGCCUGAAAUGGGUCAUAAUUAUCAAUAUACAAUAGACACAUUUCACAUGCCAAACUCCAUAUUACUUAUGACGAUUAUUUUUCGGCUCUAGCUCUUAGACUAAUACACAUUUAUUUUGGAAUAUAUUUAUGAAGCCUAUGGAAUCAAAACCUGCUAGAUCCAUGUUUUGAAAUUUUCCAAAAAGUUUCCGGCAUUUCUCAGAGGGGCAUCCAUAAAUUUAAAAUGGCACACUAAUUUGUCAUUUUUCUGCAUGCCCCUUACACCUUCUGAAAGGACCAGGCAACACUCAUUAUGGAAAAGUGGUCCCGGUCAAACUCGAUUUUUCCUGGUGAUUUAAACUCGAUUUUUCCAUAGACAAUUGUAAUUAAUAUUUAACAUUUACAAACUACCAUUUACUUUGUUUUUUUUUUUGUAUUGAAAUCAAGUCCAUGUUCUCUACCUGUCUUAUAUCUGAUAUCCGGGAAAAGUUUCAUGUCAACUAAUGUAUUUUUUUAUGUUUCAGCAAUUUUUUCUUUAAUUAUUCUGAAACAUGUUACUAGUGGAAUUACCCCCAUCCCCCCUAGAUCCGCCACUGUUCAGUAGUUUUCUAAAGAUAAGGCGGAACUGUAGUUUUGCUGGGAUUCCAUAACUGAGAAGCAUUCAUGAAAACAUGAUAAUGCUUAUAUCGAUCUAGCAGCACCUUUUAUACUGCACUUCUUUAGUUUUCUGAAGACAUUUCGGAGGUUUUCUGAAGACCAAAAUACGAUCCAACUAUUUUUGACCACGAAUUCAUAUACAACACGCAAGUAUAUAUGAAGAACAUGAGUUUCUCUUCUAAUAAUAAAUAUUUUCGUUCACUUGACCGUAAAUUAGUGCAGUUAACGUAAACCGAGCACUCGAAUCCAAUAUCUUCAGAAGGCUAUAACUCGAGAAUAGUAGUUAUUCAGACCCAGGUGCCAUGGACUUUUUUAAUCUACACAUGAAGAAGUAUCAUUGACCAAACUUUCAUCAAAUUUGACCGGGACCACUUUUCCAUAAGGAGUGUUGCCUUGUCCUUUGUACUUUGAAGUUUGGAUUUAGCAGAAUGAAAAAUUUAGGAUUUCGCAGGUUUUGAUUCUGAUGGGCUCAUAUCUUACAUCUGAGCUGUUACCCAAUAUUAUAUCUGGAAUAAGCAAAUUAGUUCUUUAUAUCUCUGCGUAUUAAAAUAUUAUUUGAUUAAAAAUGUUUAUAUUAUAAUAAUUUCUCGUAUAAAAUCUAGAUUCUGUUUAUUGUUCGCCUAAAUCAGUAACCACUUCCGUACCUAUUUAUUUAUAUAUUUUGUUAAAUUUAACAUGAUUACAUUAAUAUGGCUUAGACUGCUUUAGAUUUAUGAAUAAUUUCAGCGGUGUUAAUAUGUGUUGUUUUUGAUCUAACGUAAUAUUUCUUAAAUAUUUAUUAUUUGUUAACGUAAUAUAUGCAAUUAUUAGUGUAUAUUAGUAGAACUUAUGAAGUCGUUCUGUAGUAAGGAUAAAUUUCGUCAGGUUAUUGCUUAAUUCUGGCAUUUAAUGUCAGGAUAUCUAUAUGCAAUGGUUAGUCAGCUAAACGAUCACGAUUUUUAUUUUUAGACUGAAAAACCAUCCAUUUCUUUUACGUGCAAUUUUUUUAGCAAUAAAAAUGUGAUGUUAUCUUUACCAGGUACAAGCCUUUUGGUUGCAGUAACAAGGCAAAAUAUAUUUAUUUGAUGUUAAGAUACCAAAUGAAGAAAGAAUAUGUGCUUCUUCAUCUAUUGUGCAUUUUUUUGUCACUGCAACUAUCAUAUUUUUUUUUAAUUUGUGAUUCGUCUUUUUGACAGACUGAAAAUGAUCAAUCUACUUUUAAUAUUAAUAAUGUGAUUUUUACUUGUAAAUAUAGAUAUUUUAUAACUUG